AUGAUUUGUACAUCAGUCAGUGGUCAAGUUUGUCGCACAAAUAUAUCGCGUAUCUACCAUCGUUUGCACUGAUAUCGGUUCAGAUGUCAGUGCGACUUUUUCGACGGAUUAUCCCGUCCUUGAUCAAAGAAGCCACUCGUGGGAUGCGCAAAAAAGGCGGUAACAAUGAACCAAAACAGUUGAACUCCCUAUUUACGCCUGCGCCUAUAAAGGUUGCUUCGAAUCCUGACGACGUUGACGUGGGUGAAGAGCUAGCUACGAAAAUAGAAAAAGCAGACUUGAUCCGUAUAUUCAACCAGUUUCAGAAACGUCCGGAAGUAAUACAGUUAUCGCAGGAUAAUGGGUUGGACACGCGAUUAUUUCAGCAAACAUUUAUUUCCUUCCGAAAAUUUUGUAUUGAGUCAAAACCUCUCCAAGCAGACUUGCACAUCGUUUGCAGUGAUCUGGUACAAGGACAUGGUCAUAUUACGGACCUGUUUCCAUAUUUUCUACGACACGCUAAGGAGAUCUUCCCACACCUUGAAUGCAUGGAGGAGCUCCAGAAAAUAUCCGAUCUUCGUCUUCCGGCAAACUGGUACCCUGAGGCCAGAUCAAUAGAGAGAAAGUUUGUCUUUCACGCCGGCCCAACAAACAGUGGCAAAACACACCAUGCCAUGGAGGCGUUUAUCAAUGCAGAAAGCGGUGUCUACUGUGGCCCUUUAAAAAUGCUUGCUGUUGAAGUUUUCAACAAGACAAAUGAAAAGGGAACCCCUUGCGAUCUAGUAACAGGAGAGGAUCGACAGUAUGUUAACAAAGAUUCUGUAUCGAAGCACAUUGCUUGCACUGUCGAGAUGGCGUCAACUACAGACAUCGUGGAUGUGGCAGUCAUUGAUGAAGUCCAGAUGGUGCGAGAUUUCCAGAGGGGCUGGGCCUGGACCCGUGCGCUUCUAGGAAUUCCAGCCAAAGAAAUUCACCUUUGUGGUGAGAAGGCUGCCGUGCAUUUAAUCCAGGAUAUCUUAAAUUCUUUAGGGGAAGAAGUAGUUGUGAAGGAAUAUAAGAGGCUAACCGGCUUGAAGGUCCUUGAUCAGCCGCUGGGAUCGCUAAGUAAUCUACAGCCGGGAGAUUGUGUUGUAUGCUUCAGUAAAGCUGAUAUCUACAACGUGACGUUCGCCAUUGAACAGAUGGGCAAAGAGUGCGCUGUCAUCUACGGCGCACUGCCGCCUGGAACAAAAUCAAGUCAGUGUAUGAGAUUUAAUAACCCAGAUGACCCUUGUAAAAUUCUUGUUGCCACGGACGCAAUUGGCAUGGGGCUGAAUUUAAGCAUUAGACGAAUUAUCUUCUACAGUCUGACAAAGGUGAGCAUGAACGAAAAUGGACAAAGGGAAGUCGAGCUUAUUUCUGUAUCGCAGGCGCUCCAAAUCGCUGGUCGUGCCGGACGUUAUGGUACAGCGUUCGAGGGCGGUUUAGUUACGACAUUUCGCGGCGAUGACCUACCCAUACUAAAAGAUCUGCUGCAACAGAAGCCAAGUCAAAUUGAACGUGUGGGUUUGCAUCCAACGGCGGAUCAGAUUGAACUGUUUGCUUAUCAUCUGCCACAUGCUUCAUUGUCGAAUCUUCUCGAUAUAUUUGUGUCACUCUCCCAGAUGGACAGUUCACAGUAUUUUAUGUGCAACAUUGACACCUUUAAAUAUUUAGCCGAUAUGAUACAGCAUGUAGCGCUCCCACUUCGUGCUCGCUAUGUAUUUUGCUGCGCUCCGAUCAAUAUCCGAAUGCCUUUUGUCUGCACGAUGUUCCUCAAGUACGCACGGCAGUACUCACGAAAUGAGCCAAUGACUCGCUUUUGGCUGUGCCGAGAAAUCGACUGGCCGAUCACUCAGCCGCGCAACAUCAAUGAACUCGUCCAUCUCGAGGCGGUCUUCGAUGUGAUGGACCUGUAUCUGUGGUUUAGCUAUCGUUUUCCUGACCUCUUUCCCGAGCAGGACAAGGUGCGGAUCAUGCAGAAAGAGCUUGAUCUGCUAAUUCAGCAGGGAGUAUUAUCCCUAACUAGGCUGCUUCGGCAGUCUCGUAUUGAACUCGAAGCGGCUGCAAGCCCAAAUGAUAUUCUAAGUGACGACACUGACGACUAUAAAGCUGUAAAGGCUAGUUAUGGUGAAAAAAGCUCAAUCAUGUCGGAGAGAGAUAUAGUUGAACCGAGUAAAACAGGUAUGCCAAUCGGAAGUUUAACGGGCCGCCUUCUGGCGGAGGGCCUUAUUACUAAAGAACAACUUAGGACACUACAAAAAGAGUGGCAGAAUCAGGCACCACUGUCAUUUACUACUGGUCGAAGGAAAAAGUGACUAAGCACAAUUGUAUAUUAGUACUCCGGAAGAAUUACCUAUUAUACGUGGGGUCUAAUCUAUUGGAAGCGCAGGGGUUUAAGGGAUAAGAAGAUGAUGUAUCUCAUUUUAGAAAUGUUUUCGAAGUAUGUAUUGCAUUUGUGUGUUAGUCUUUCGUCAGUCUUUCUACUGUUUAAUUUUACCAUAAGAAACUGGGAGGGGCGUAAAAAAGGAAAGGGCUAAUCGUACAAAAUAUCUUGUGUAGAACCCAAUUUUUGAAGAGAAGCACCUUUUCGAAACUUUUAAGAAAACUAUCUAAACUAUACCUACUACAGCUAUUGUUAACGACGUGGCAAUGGAAGUGGGUGAAAAACAAGUGAGCACUAGAUAUAUUAGUUAGCGGCGUAGAAGAGUAGAAACACAUUGCUUAGAACAGUGGAAACACAUUUUUGUUAGCGAAUAAAUAUUUUCUAUUAUAUUAUAUUAUUA